GAGGAUGGAAGGCGGGGAAGAAAUGCAGGGCGCUGUGGGGCUACGCUGCAGCUGGGACAUCCCACCCCCAGCUGGCACCCAGGCCAAGUGGGUGAGGCUCAAUGUGGGGGGCACCGUCUUCCUCACCACCAGGCAGACCCUGUGCCGGGAGCAGAAAUCUUUCCUGUGUCGCUUGUGCCAGGGCGAGGAGCUGCAGUCGGACCGGGAUGAGACUGGUGCAUACCUGAUAGACCGAGACCCCACUUACUUUGGACCCAUCCUGAAUUUCCUCCGACAUGGGAAGCUUGUCCUGGAUAAAGAUAUGGCUGAAGAGGGGGUGCUAGAAGAAGCAGAGUUCUAUAACAUUGGCCCUUUAAUCCGAAUAAUUAAGGAUCGACUGGAGGAGAAGGACUACACAGUGACUCAGGUGCCUCCUAAACAUGUCUACCGUGUGCUACAGUGCCAGGAAGAGGAGCUCACUCAGAUGGUUUCCACUAUGUCGGAUGGAUGGCGCUUUGAACAGCUUGUGAACAUUGGCUCAUCCUACAGCUAUGGCAAUGAGGAUCAGUCCGAGUUCCUGUGUGUGGUCUCCAAGGAGCUGUACAACUCUCCCAACGGCCUGAGCUCCGAGCCUAGCCACAAAGCCAAGCUGUUACAAGCCAGAGGCCUGAGGAUGUGAUCCCGACACUCCACUUCAGCCUUUUAAUUUCUUGUUUAUAUCUUUAUUUUUGUACUGUAGUGUAGGACAGCCCCUUGCACCACAGUGACACCCCCAGCCCCCCUGCACUCUCCACAUGCAGCCAUUGAUUUUUACAAACUCGCCUCUGCCUGGAGGAGGGCAGAUGCUCCAAGGAGAGCCUGGGCUGCUGGAGGGGCUGGAGCCCCCUCGCACGCCUAGCAGACUGUCUUUCCUUAAUGUCACAGUGGCCCCUGCUGGGGACAUCAGUGAUCAGCCACUGCAGAACUUUGCUCCCUUCCCCAACACCUGGCUGGGGCUGGUGCCCAGAUGUGGUGGCAUCUGCAGCAGGACCACUCCUUGCCCAUUCCCUGCUGCGGGCAGCUGGUCUGGGCUUGUGCCCAGAGGGCGAGUACGGAGCCACUGCCUUUUUCUGGGCCACCUGCACUGCUCGUGGGGUGUCCCUGUGCUGGGUGUCACCUCACUGGUGCCUUGCUCCCUGUCCCCCAAAGCAGCCCUGCGUCAGAGGGGUGAGAGGAGCCAGGCAUACUGUCCGGGUACCCGUGGGGAACAUGCUG